AUGUCUGAAUCAUCGCAAACAACAAAGUCUGCACGUUCUACUCGAUCAAAGGCAAAGAUCGAAUAUGCUCUAAUCAUCAAGGAUGUUGUACCGGUUACAACUGUUCAUGCUUCCAAACCCAAAGUUCAAUCAAGAGUUGCUGAGAAGAAAGGGAAGGGAAAAUCAGUUGAGAAGAAGAAAACUUCAAAAGUAAGUGAUGCUAUCUCUCCAUCUGCAACUGAAGUAAACCCCAAAACUGUGUCUGAUGUUGUUGAAACAAUCGUGCCAACCGGUGAUAACCCUAGUCUAGAAAAAUUGGGGUCUGAUGCUGAAAAGAGGGAUCUUAAUGCUAUGUCUGUUGAAACUGAGAUGGAAGACACCCCUACAGAGCAAGAGGAAGUUGAAACUGCUGAGAAAGAACCUGUGAUGGAAGCUGCUGCUGAAAAGGAUGUUGAGACAACUGACACAACAUCUGAGUCCAUAGAUGAAGAAACUAGAACUGCUGAUGAGGGGACUUCUGAUAAUGAAGGGGACACUCAGUCUGAAGAGAGCAACCAGUCCAUACCCACAGAAGAACCAGAGAUUGAAGCUGACAAAUCUGCAGGAGUUGAGGAGGAAAAAGAAAAGGAUGCAUUUGAGACUUUGAAGAAUGUCUUAAUUUCUACACCUAUAAACAUAGCUCCUGACUAA